CUUCAGGAACAUUAUUCUCCAGCUUGACUCUCCUCAGGCAGGGGAGGCAGUUUGAUUUGUUCUGCUUUUCCAUCAGAUCUUUAAACAAUAGGAACCUGGUUCUGUUGGCCUCUGGAAGUCUGCUGACGCUCCUGCUGAUUGAGGAGAACUAAAUGUUUUGUUUUUUUUAUGGAAAAAAUUGUGACUAUGAAGUCGGAUACUGGGCUUGAUUUGGAUGACAGCAGGAGAGCAGCGGAAAGGAGCGGUUUGAACUGUGCAGACUUACCUCAGACGAGGUUGCCAGACAGACAGGACACAGACAUGCUGCUCAGCCAGAAGACGACUGACAACAGCUCCGCCCUGACGUACCGAAGGUCUUGCCUUAGUGGGGUUCAAGUUCGCCACAAGAGACAAGUUCUUCAGGACAUGGCCCGGCCGUUAAAACACUGGCUCUACAAGCAUCGGGAAAACCCUUACCCCACUAAAACUGAGAAGGUCCUGCUGGCUCUGGGCUCACAAAUGACGCUAGUCCAGGUCUCUAACUGGUUUGCAAAUGCUCGGCGGAGGCUGAAGAACACAGUGAGGGAGCCUGAUUUAAGCUGGGCCCUGAGGAUCAAACUGUACAACAAAUACAUCCAGGGGGCUGCUGAGAGGCUGAGUGCGUCCAGUGACAGCAAAGACUCAGACUAUGAAGAGAGCCCUCAGACUUCCACCAGCCAGUUAAACUUUGGUCGAUCAUCCUCACUCCAGAGGGGAAAACAAAGCAGCGUCCUUACCUUUGCUGAUUUCACUGAUGACAACACAUCAUCUCCUCCAUCAAAGUACAAGAGUAGCUUACUGAACCGCUACCUGAAUGACACCCUGAGGCACGUGAAGGCAGCAGAGGCAGAUGGUGUUUCCUCAGCCCGCAACAGAAGAAGCCAUCCCGAGUCGCUUAGCUCCAACGGAUGUGAACGAGAUGUUGUCUCUCCGGCGUCAUCAUUAGAAACUGAGGCCAACUUCAUGUACCACAUGGACUCAACAGACUAUGGUUCUACUAGAGUUAACAUAAAGCAGAACCCACAGAGACCAGAGCACCAGAACUGGAGGGAGAUACAUGCUGCCAUGGCUCUCACCAGCUUGGCCCAGGAUAAGACCUGCACGGCCAACCGGAGCUUCACCUGGAAGCCCCUCUCCACAUCCGGGACCACUCUCACCAGCAGGAUGACUGUGACUGAACCAGAGCAGACCACAGAGACCACUCUCACCAGUCGAGUCAUUCAGAAAUCCUCUCAUAUCUCUGAGAUCCAGACUAUCAAAGUUGUUCAGAUAAACAGCGGGUAGGAAUUAGAAAAACAUUUCAAAACCACCUCUAACAGUUUUAUAAUACACUCAUUAUUUUCAAAUGGAAAACUCUAAACACCAACCUGAUUAAGCUUAAAUCACAUCCUACUUUUACAGUAAAACUGAUUUAUAAGAGGCUGGCUCAUCAUCCAAUGUUAAGGUUAUUUUAAUAAAGCCAAUGUGAAGUCAUCUGGACAUCUUUUAUGCAUUAAAUGAUUAUUUUUACUGCACUGAGUUUCAUUAUAGCCUUCCAUGUUAGAAUUUCAAACUGUUAGACUGAUAGGGCCAGAUGACUACUUCCGUGUUUAGCCUGAAUGUGAAACUCAGAGUGACCAAUCGUGCUUCAAAUUCAAGUAAAAUCAGUUUCCCAAUGAACUUAAACUUGAAGUAUUAUAACAUUUUUAACAUGAGAUAACAUACAGUACUGGUAAAUUUUAAAUUGCUAUCUAUUGUAUAGUUUUUGAUUCAGCACCCCAUACAUGAACCAGCGUAGAUUGUUGAGGCAAGAGGGUCAGGUGGAUACCUGCUAAAGGAUCCAGUCAGUAUGUAUAUUUGGUAUCUAUAUGAGUGAUUUAACCCUGUCAGGCUCACAAGAAGUUUUGAUAAAAGGACGAACAACUAAGUCCUUCAGGGGUACUUCUGAGUUAAAAAUGCUCAUGGAACACGUGUGUGGAGUAACCAGUUAGGUAGGUUUUAAUGUUGCAAAUCUGCAACGCCUUCCUCCAGAGGGUUAAUGUAGUCUCCUCUCAUAUCAGUGCUUUGUUUGAGAAGUCAACUUUAUUUAUAAAGCACUUUACAACAGCAUAAAAGCUGACCAAAGUGCUUAACUAGCCAAAAAGAACAGAAGUUCCCUAAAAAUUCUAAAAAUAAGACAAAAAUUUCAUCACAAAACAUGAUAAAAACAAACAUAUCAAACUGACAUAAAAGCUACUAAAACAGAUGCAUUCUCAAACUGAAUUAAAAGCAGCUGAGAACAGACGAGUCUUUCAAAGUGAUUUAAAACCCGACAAGACGAAACCAUCCUAAUCUGAACCUUGGAGCUGCUACUGAGAAAGCUCCAUCACCCCUGAGCUCUCUCUUUGUUCCAGGAGAAACUGGCCGGCCGACCUCAGCGACCGAGACGGGGAGUGAGUAACUAAAAGUUCACAAAGACACUGCGGAGCAAGGCCAACUUCCUUCACUCAGAGAACGUUUUAAAAUAGCGGUCCAUCACCCAGACACCAAAUUUAAAUUUAUAUUUACAUGGGAACAUCUGGUAAAUACUGAGAUUUUCCACAUCCUGAUUUAUGUCUGCUAAUGUUUUCUGAAGAGAAACAAAAACCUCACCUGCUCCCCAUCAGUCUGACGUCUAUAAGACCCAGAGACAAAUGACAGCACGGGGUUGGGUGAGGGUCAUAUUGUCAGGCAGUUGUUUAUUGUAGUUUGAAACAAUUCAAGCAGUAACUGACCACAUCUCUGACUAACGUCUCUCACCGUUAAAGGCGGUUUUCAGUCUGACAACUUGAAUAUGACCGACACAAAAAUGCAGCUAACUUACUAGUUAAACAACAUUUCUAGCAAAAGCGAAAAGAAAUCACAGAAUAUCUCCAAUAUUUCUGAAAGAUGUUAGGAACAAAACACGAGUUUGUGUGAGAAACGCGAGAACCCGGAAGAGGAAAAAACAGAAAAAGUGAAUAAGUGAUUUCAAACUAGUAGAUGCUGUCAACAUAACACACACUAUCAAUGAAAAAGUCAAAUAGGAUCACGCAUUUGGAAUAAAGACGAAGCAAGAAUGUUGGAAAAUAAGUCGACACCCUGGAGCAUCAAAUCAGCUGAUGAAACGAAACGGUCAGUAAAUAAAACAACAUGGUCUCUGGGCAGGUUCAUGAAAUCAGAGCUCUUCAUUAGUAAAUGGACGAGCAUAAACAGCUUUUAGUGAUCGCUUUCAAUCCAAACAGGAAGCUGUGUUUUAAUAAAAACUCAGAUUGAUGUUGUGUGCGUGUCUCCAUGUGAGUAAAUAUGGAGCAAA